CUUAGUUGACAUGCAUGAUACUUACGGGCAGCCUAAUAAAACUCGACCCCACCUGAACCCAAAAGUCGCUUAACAUCGAAGCAAUCUCAGAAAGGAAAAAAAACAUCGAGAGGCUUUCGGGAGACAAUCUCCAAGAAAUGGGCAAGGGCAAGGUCCACCCGUCGCCGUCGCCGUCGGCGGCCGGCGGCGAGACGGCGGAGGGGGUGCUCCUCCGGCUGCUCCCCGCGGUCGUGCUCGCCAUGGCGGCGCCGCUGGGGCCCGAGGGGAAGGAGGUGCUCGCGUACCUCGUCCUCGCCUCGCUGCGCUCCUCGGCGCCGCCCACGCCGGCGAGGGAGAAGCCCUCCGCGGCCGGGGAGGGGUGCGGGCGGAAGCCCCACCGCCCGGAGCUCGGGUGCGGGUGCUUCGGGUGCUACACGGCCUACUGGUCGCGCUGGGACGGGUCCCCGGAGCGCGACCGCGAGGCGAUUCACCGGGCCAUCGAGGCCUUCGACGAGCACCUGGCCCGGAAGGAGGAGGGCAAGGGUGGCCGCCGCCGCAAGAAGCGAGCAGCCUCCUCCAAGGGCAAGGCCAAGGCGUCGGCCGCCGUUGACCCUCAGCUGCCGGAGCAGGGGGAGACCUCGGCCGCCGCGGCUCCUGUGCUGGCGGAGGUGGUUGAAGGCGGGGAGGAGGUAGUGAAGAAGACGGUGGAGGAGGAGGAAGAAACCACCGCGGCCUGCGCCCGCGACGACGUUCCGGAGGAGCGCAGGCGGCGGGUGUGGGGCGCGGUCGCCGGCGUGUUCAACUGGAGGGGAUGGGGCCUGUGGGGGUCCCACUAGUCGGUGACGCGAGCCGAUAUUCCUCGUCAGUGAGAUCUUUAGUUCGUUUAGCCGGUUGGUGGGCUUGAUGUUUCUGUUGGGGUUUUAGGUUUGAAAUAGUCAGUCAAAUCGAUAUUGGAUUUUUUUUCAUGUACACUACUAUACUUGUAUGUUACACUAGCACAAUGAUGAUAAUAAUGGUGGUGUGGUGGUCAUGUAUUUGCCUCCUUGGUGUAAAUAUUUGGAUUUGGAUGGAUUCUCCACAUGGUUGGUGUCA